UGUCACUUCCUCUGCCUCCCAGGUUCGGAAAACAGUGGCGCGUCUUAGGUGAGAAGCUGGCGGGUGACAGGAGCGGGGCGACGGCGGUUGUCCCAAGCCGCCUGCCUUUUUCCGAAUGAAAGCAAAGCGCAGGCACGCUUAGGAUCAGGGUCCGAAGCCCGUGUGUGACGUGGACGCCUCCUUUAUAACGCAGCCCUGGUUCUCCCCGGGCUGCGCGAAGAUGGACAGCGAAGUGCAGAGAGACGGGCGGAUCCUCGAUUUGAUCGACGACGCGUGGAGGGAAGAUAAGUUGCCCUACGAAGAUGUGGCAAUACCGCUGGUGAGUUGAGUGGGCGCUCAAGAGCCUGGCCCUGAACUGGUUUCCCUGGGUCUGACCUCUAACCACAUGGGCAGGGGCAGUAUCUGCCUUAUGGUGCUAGUCUGGUUCGGGAAAGGGGCCGAUCUAUUUGCCCCCUUUCUCCUCAUCAGGUGGGUGACGCCCAAAUGCACACAGUCCUACUUUAAAUAAUAAUAAUAAUAAAUGACGUUUUGCAACCAGGGGCAAAACUGCACGGUAUGAGGCAAGCGCAGUUCCCAAGUCAAUAUUUAAUAAUAAUAAUAAUAAUAAUAAUUUUUAUUUAUACCCCGCCCUCCCCAGCCAAGGCCAGGCUCAGAGCGGCUUACAAGCAAUAAUAAAAACAAGUUAAAUAAUUACAACUUAAAAACAAAAUUAAAAAAAAACACAUUAAAAUAUUGAAACAUUAAAAUGUCAUCGCAGAAGGAGAAGGAAAAGAAAAAAGAAAGAGAGGGAGGGAAUCAAAUCGGCUCCAAGCCAAAGGCCAGGCGGAACAACUCUGUCUUACAGGCCCUGCGGAAAGAAAUCAGAUCCUGCAGGGCCCUGGUCUUGUGAGGCAGAGCGUUCCACCAGACCGGAGCCAGAGUUGAAAAGGCCCUGUCUCUGGUUGAAGCCAAUCUAACUUCCUUAGGGCCCGGGACCACAAGGGUGUUGCUAUUUAUGGACCUUGAGGCUCUCCAUGGGGCAUACCGGGAGAGGCAGUCCCGUAGGUACGAGGGUCCUAGGCCGUGAAGGGCUUUAAAGGUCAAAAGCAGCACCUUAAAUCUGAUCCUGUACUCCACCGGGAGCCAGUGCAGCUUGAAAAGCACUGGGUGAAUAUGCUCCCAUGGCAGAGACCCCGUGAGAAGUCUUGCUGCAGCAUUCUGCACCCGCUGGAGUUUCUGGGACAGCUUCAAGGGCAGCCCCGCGUAGAGCGAAUUACAGUAGUCAAGCCUGGAGAUGACCGUCGCAUGGAUCACUGUGGCCAUUUGACUCAUAUUGCUAAUGUGGGUAACUUCCCACUGCAAGCAUAUUUAAAUGUACUUUGUAGCUGGGUUGGCACGCUUCGUGGAGGAUCCUGGCUUCCUUCACAUCUUUUGUAGCAAUAAUGAAACAGGUCAGAAUUGCCUCAUUAAAAGUACAGUGGUGCCCCGCAAGACGAAUGCCUCGCAAGAUGGAAAAACCGCUAGACGAAAGGGUUUUCCGUUUUGAAGUUGCUUCGCAGGACGAAUUCCCCUAUGGGCUUGCUUCGCAAGACGAAAAUAUCUUGCGAGUCUUGAGAUUUUUUUUUCGCUUUCCCCCCCCUUUAUCUAAUCUGCUAAGCCUUUAAUAGCCUUUAAUAGCCUUUUAGCAGCUAAUCCCCUAAGCCUUUAAGCCUUUAAUAGCCGCUAAACCGCUAAUAGCGCUAAUAGCGCUAAUCCGUCAAUGGGCUUGCUUCGCAAGACGAAAAAACCGCUAGACGAAGACUCUCGUGGAACGGAUUAAUUUCGUCUUGCGAGGCACCACUGUACUUGGUUGUUUAUUUAUUUUAAAGUCCCAUAGUGGGCUUCAGCAUUAAAAUGCAAUGUAUUAAAAACAGUUUAAAACUGUACUUUCCAGAGCCACAUUUUGUGCCAUCUGUAUCUGUGCACAUUUGUUGGAUUAGGAUACCACACAGUACAAGAAACUGGCUCUAGUGAGCAUGUUUAGCUGAAGUGGAAAAUGAUACUACAGUGUAUAUAUAUUUCACCCAUCUAGUAAAUUUCAACUCUUGACGCUCUCAAAUGUCUGUUGUAAAGAGUUGAAUCGUCACUUGCCAACACAAAAGCAUGAGGGACUAAGACAGGGAAGGGAGUUUCAUGAUGUGCUGGGAGCCAUCACAUAGAAAACUAUCUCAGGACACUGCACAAGUAUAUCUAUUGAGUAUACUUAUUGAGUUCUAAGCAGUUAAGGUAUUUUAAUGUCAAUAGCUAUAUUUUUAGUCUGGUAGCAGAUAGUCAGCCAAUGCAGUUGCUGCAGAAUUGAUAUAAUGCGAGAUCUCUUCAUCACACCCCUCACCACUCUUGCAGCUGUAUUCUGGACUUGAUGCAGCUUCCAGACCACCUUCAAGAUUAGCCUUACACAGAGCAUGAUACAAUAGUUAAACCAGGAGUUUAACAAUCCAUGAAUAACUUGGCCAGCCUCUUUUGGAGCAGUAAGAAUCAAAGCUGGCAUAUCAACUGGAGCCGGAAAUAGCUACUGAAGCCAUUUGGGAUUGUAUCAACAGAUAUUAUUCCAAAUGUACCCACAAGCUACAUACCUGCUCCUUCAGGAAGAGCACAGUCCUUUGCAGAUCACUUUAUUGACCCUUAUCCAGUCUAUAACUCCCUGUGGACAAUGAUUCAAUGCUUUCACAGCUUCACUUGAUUCAGAUGGUAAGGAGAGAUAGGGUUGGUUGUCAUCAGCUUUCUGGUGACACUAUUCCCCAAAUGCAUGAAUGGCCUCUGCAAGUAGCUUCAUAUAGAUGCUAAACAGUAUAAAGGAUAGUAUGGAACAAAAGCCAUAGAAGUCCCCCAAUGCCACUCUCUGGUAGUGGACGUGCAAGUAGGGGAAGACUCACCAUAAUGGUGCCUCAAAUAACCUGUCCAACAAAACUACUCUGGGAGGAUGUCAUGGUUUAUUGUAGCGAAAGCUUCCGAGAGAUCAAGGAGAGUCAACACGAAUGGGGAUACACACACACACAUCAGGCAGAAAACACACAUACAAAAUGUUCUCCCAAAAUAUAGACAUAGCUGGAAUUGCAAUUUUUUCUGGCAUACUUCAUAAACAGAUAUGUGAGAUAACAUUUUUCUUUCAGUCACAUUUAUUGGUCCCUAAUCCAUCAGUGUCAAAUAUUUCUAGAUGCUAUUGCUUUUUAAAACAUUUUAAAUAAUUUAAUAUGUUUCUGUUCUCAGAAUGAGCUUCCUGAACCAGAACAAGACAAUGGUGGCACAACAGAAUCUGUAAAAGAACAAGAAAUGAAAUGGACUGACUUGGCUUUGCAGUACCUUCAUGAAAAUAUUCCUCCAACAGGAAACUAGUGUGCCUGUGAUACUUCUUGCAGUAAUUAAAAUGUUUCCAGCACUUCAUCCACAUCUACCUGCUUUAAUUUGGAAAGAAAACAUUUGUAAAACUUCCAAUCCUGAGUUACUGAUUAUUAGGUCUUUGUAGAUAUAUCAGAGCCUUAGAAGCUGCACACAAUAAGUGUGUGUAAAUUAAUAAUUCCUUAAAACAUGUCAGGGUUGUUGUUUUUACAUCAUGUUUCAUUGUUGGGGUCCGUGAUAUGAGCCAAGGAACUCUUCCCAGUGGCAAUAAACAUUAGCCAAACUGUGUAUGGUUAAUGUUAGUCUCCGUUUGGUACUUGGUUGCAAGCUGAUUGUAUGACCUCACCAGACCAGUCACGCUAUAUCAUAUUGGAUGUUUAGAUCAAGCAGAAGAGACAAACAAUCUGAACUUUCUUUUAUGAUCUCUAUGAGUCUGUCCUAAACACUGCUUCUGAGUAAUAGGCAUUAAAAGAAUUUUACACAAGCAUUUCUGAAGAGGGUAAAAGAAGGUUUGCAGUUUGUAUAUUUUUAUUACAGAUCUCCUUCCCAAUGCCAUAGAAAUCCUGUUAACAUUUAUUCCAUGUAUUUAUAUUAAAGAAAUGUGUUAGU